GUACGGACAGUCCUGAAUCAUUCACACUGGGAUUGCUUUGGCGAGUGACGCAGAGAGGAUACAGAUGCCCGUCUACUUUUCCGUUAAAUUGUCAGGAUUUCAUACAAUUUGGAAGAACCGUCGUAUUUCUUUAUUGUUAUAUUUUUACGAUUUCAAAUAGACAUAUAAUAAUAAAUAAAUGUAAAAGCGGCGUCUCCAAAAAGCCUCUUUAUGUCGAUAUUGGUGUGGUACCGCUGCUAGGAAAAAGAUGCCGCAGCCGAAAUCUCGAAAAAUUGCUGUCCUGGGAUACAGAUCCGUAGGAAAGUCUUCUUUGACAAUACAGUUUGUGGAAGGCCAGUUUGUGGACUCAUAUGACCCAACCAUAGAAAACACAUUUACUAAAAUGAUCACAGUCAAUGGCCAAGAGUACCAUCUGCAGCUGGUCGACACAGCAGGGCAGGAUGAAUACUCCAUUUUCCCUCAGACCUAUUCCAUAGACAUCAAUGGUUACAUUUUGGUGUAUUCAGUUACGUCAAAUAAAAGUUUUGAAGUAGUAAAAGUUAUUCAUGAAAAAUUGUUGGAUAUGGUGGGUAAAGUACAAGUACCCAUAAUGUUGGUGGGAAAUAAAAAAGAUCUACACAUGGAGCGUGUUAUCAGUUGUGAAGAAGGCAAAGCACUGGCAGAAUCAUGGAAUGCAGCUUUCAUGGAGUCUUCUGCGAAAGAGAACCAGACUGCAGUGGAGGUGUUCAAGAGGAUCAUUUUAGAGGCCGAGAAGAUGGACGGCGGAGCCCCCCAAGGGCGGACCUCCUGCUCAAUGAUGUAGAGCCCCCUCCCUGACUGCUCCCAGCCUCUCCCAACCUCCGGGGGCUAUAUACUGACCUUUCUGGCGAACAGUUGUCAAACAAUCCAGUGGUUAGGGUAACACUUGAAUUUUUGGCUUAGGUUAGGAUGAGGGUUUAGUGGUUAGAUUAAGGCUUCGGGUUGGGGUUAAGGGUUAGGGUUAAGCACAGCUAAUGGUAAAUGUUCACCAGAAAAGUCUGUUUCAAGUCCACCCUCCCACGGCCUCCCUGCCCCUUACCACUACACUGGACACUGGGAAAUCCCUCUACUUGAAGUGGCUAACUGCCUGUUUUCCUCCAUAGAGUUGUUGACUUUCUUUUUAACCUUCUUUUUUAUACUUAAUUUCCUUUUAAUUUUUUUUCUAUUGUUUUUCCCUCAUUUUUUAAAAUAUUAUUUUGGAAGAUACAGAAAAGCCCUUAGUAACACUAGAAGUAAAUACCAUCACAUCUCUCUUUCUCUCUCUUUCCCUCUCUGUCUGUCUUUCUCUCAUUAACACCAACCAAACCUGUUAAAACUCUUGAGCCUUAUUUUCCUGCCUUUCACCUCCCCUCAUCUCUUUUCUACCUGCCUCUUCCCUCCUGAACCCUUAUCAAUUUGUAUAUUGUAUUUCUUAAACAGUAAUUAUGGCCAAUAAAGUUUUCAGCAUUCAUCCUCUCAGUAAUGAAUGAUGUUUAACUUUUUUGAUUGUAAUCAUUAAACACAGCAUUUUGUUUCACUAUA